UAGAGACCUGGUGCGUGCGUGUGUUCCCUUUUAAAUGUGAGCCCAUUAAUAUCAGAGGACUCGUAUCCAGACAGUGUGUUUGUGUGAUUGUGUGUCACACUGAAUGACAGAGAGAACGGGGGGAGAGGGGACAGGCUCAGGGGGAAGAUCUUAAGGGCAUCUGGUUUGCUCGGCUGAAAUACCAAACACAACGGGAUGGAUUUCUGCACAACGUGAACGCCACCGAGGAACACCGGUCUCACACAUUAAACAAGCCAGGAUGUCAGGGAUGGACGUCUCGUUGGGGGACCAUAAUGAGACUACAAUCUCUCAGAUAGACAAUGGGACCUUUCUACGGUUCUCGCCAACCUCUUCUUCCACCUCAGCGGCCGCCUCGUCGCCAGGACGUCCGGGCAACGUUUACGUUUAUGUAUGGCUCUUCCUUGGCCUGCUGGUAUUCCUGCUGACGCUGCUCAUCAUCUCCCUCCACAGGCUGAAAAACAUAAUUUCCUCCUCCUCAUCGGUCCCAGACUGCAGCAGCGAAGGAGGGAGCUCCUUCACCAACAUGGAGAUCUGUAGCAUCUCUUCUCAGAGGUCCACCAUCUCCUCACUGUCCACCUGAGGUACAUAGCAGGGAGCACGUACAGUACAGACACAUGGACAUGUAUGUAUUCCCCUGUGCAUGCAUGCUUAUAUGCUGAAAGCAGAAAAGCACGCACACACACAAAACACAUGGAGGCCCAGCACUUCCUCACUGUUGCAAAAAAACAUUUGCUUACGCAUGAAUAUACUAAUUCCAAUAGUCCAACAAGCCCAUGCGAUUUCAACCAGCAAAGGGGAAAUAAAGCUGACAAUGUGAAGAAGAGGCCUUGAGGGAGGAGACUGACUGACCUUGUUUCAAAGACAAAUGAACCUGGGGGACUACUUUCCCUUGGCAAGAAAAGCUUAAUUAGGGAAUACUAUCUUUCCUCUUCCUUUUUGCAAGGUUCUUUUAUUGUAUUUCUCUUGUCAUCUUUACUGUGAAACAGUUAAUAUUGAUUUUAAGUUUGUCGAGCAUGUUUCAGAAUAUCCGUAGACUACAUAAAAAAAUGACAAUAUUAAAAUCAUAUUAAAGAAAGACCAUCGCUUUGUUCAGAUAUGCAUGUGUGUGUCUAGUUGUCUAAUAAAAAAAGACGAGAUCCCUUAAAACUGUACACCAGAUUGCUUCAUGAUUCCCCUGGAGGAAGGACAUUGGGCUGGGGGGAAAGGUGAGGAAGAAAUUGUGUCUUACUGACAGGCAGCAGGCCUGACUGCAGCUACAGACCAGGUCAAAAGUGACAUAAACGAGAUGAAAUCUGGGUCCUGAAAGACAGCUCUACCAGCGUGACGGAUUACCCUCUCCUGCCUGUCAGCUCGUAUGGCGUCUGAUUGCAGUCUCCAUAGUGACCGAAGCGUGAGAACUCUGUGCAGCCUGUCUGUCUUACUUGCUUAAGCUAUGGUAAUGGUUGCUUAGGCUCAAUCAUUUGUGUUUUAAUACUGUGAAAUGUUGUUUCUUUACAAUACAUCACACAUUCAGAACUAAUUAUUAUAAAAUUAAUGACCAACUCUGUGCUUGUGUUGUUUUUGGAGCAUAUUUUUCCUUCCUGGACACAUCAUUCAGUAAAGAUAAAAACAUGGCUGACCUGGUUGUUAAUACUGACCAUGAGCUUUCCUGGGCAAAUCUAACUUUUGUCAAUGGGGUGAAUGAAUGCCAUAAGCAUGUUUUUCUUUCACACAUCUUCUUUUGUAAUUGCCUCUACAAGAUGUGAGUCUUCUUUUACCUUUAUUUGAUAUUACUGGGUCUGCUG